UGUCUCCUCCCUCUCCUCACUCGCAAACUCACGAGCUCAGCAGCAGCAGCCAAGAGAAACCUCGAGCCCAUCCCUCCCUGGUUCCCUCUCCAGCUCUCCUCUUGAUCCCUCGUUUCCCCAAGAACCCAAGAUUCCCGGAGUUGGUGAUGCUCGUGGAGUUUGGCUAGACAUGGCGCCGCCACAGGAGCGGGACUACAUCGGGCUGUCGCCGGCAACGGCGGCCACGGAGCUGCGCCUGGGACUGCCGGGCACGGAGGAGGCGGAGGGCGGCGAGGCAGCGGCGGGGACGCCGCUUACACUGGAGCUGCUUCCCAAGGGAGGGGCCAAGCGCGGGUUCGCGGACGCCAUCGUACAGCGGGAGUCGGCGGCAAGGGGCAAGGCGCCGGCGGAGGACGACGAGGAGGACAAGAAGAAGGCGCAGGCGCCGGCGGCAAAGGCACAGGUGGUAGGAUGGCCACCAAUCCGCAGUUACAGAAAGAACACCAUGGCGAUGAACCAGGGUUGCCUCUAUGUCAAGGUUAGCAUGGAUGGUGCGCCAUACCUCAGGAAGGUAGACCUUAAGAUGUACAACAACUACAAAGAGCUCUCCCUAGCACUGGAGAAGAUGUUCAGUUCCUUCACUGUUGGUGAUAAUGAAUCUAAUGGGAAAUCAGGAAGAGAAGGAUUAUCUGGUUGCCGACUGAUGGAUCAUAAAAAUGGGACUGAACUUGUGCUCACAUAUAAGGACAAGGAUGGAGAUUGGAUGCUUGUUGGUGAUGUCCCGUGGAGAAUGUUCACGGGCAGCUGUAGGAGGCUCAGGAUCAUGAAGGGCUCAGAUGCAGUGGGCCUUGCUCCCAGAGCCACUGAGAAGGGCAAGAAUGAUAACUAGGAAAAGGAUGAACAUGAUCUGCUCCCUGCACCACAUCAUACUCUUACCUGUAAGGUCCUAUUCUCAAACCCAGAAGGUUAACGGACUUAACAUGUGAGAAGGGGAUUUCUUAUAUCCAUGUGUACCACUGCGGUUUUUGUUUUUUGUUUUUUUUUUCUUUUUUCCUUUUGGGUUUGGAGACUCAGACAUGUUAGGUUGCAAACAUAAGCUGUGUUGUGUAAGUCUGUCUAUGUCUGUCUAUUUGACCGCGUGUCGUGUUUUCUGUUGUAAAUGGUUGUAAUGCUGUAAGCUGCCAACUGUUUUUGGAGUGCUGCUUUGUGCUUGCUAACGUCCCUCA